AUGUAUAAAUACCCACAGUGUACCCUUAUGGAACAGUAGCAGUUUUUGAGCCAUAGAAUUGUCACUAACUUUGAGUGGAAGAAUCGGCUGAACAAUGAAGCUGUGCGUUGCAGUGAUGCUUGGGACCCUCUUUGUCCUCGCUAAUGGCAUGUCUCCGAUAAACAGGGAGUACAACAGCCACUGCCGCUGUGUGCAGGUGGAGUCCAGGAUCAUCCCCCCGCACAGUCUGAGGAGCAUCAAACUGGUGCCAGAGGGACCACACUGCCCCAACACUGAAGUCAUUGCUGGACUUGCCAAUGGGGAGAAGGUGUGUCUGAAUCCACAGUCAUCCUGGGUCAAAAAACUGGUGAAAUUUGUGCUUGAAAAACAGAUGCAAGGAUCCCCCAAAACCCAAGCGUGAAAUCAACUCUUGGGACCACAAUCUGUACUUUAUACUUUCAUGAUGGACUUUCACAUUAAACUUUGACACUUUUUGUAACUUUUUGGUUGGGCGUCCGUCACCUGCUUGUUCCUCUGGAUAUGUAACUACUCUGCCUGGAAUGUUCCACAGUAUGACAUUAAACAGCUCUGCCUCACACAUUCAAUCACAGGUAGUUUUAUAGCUCAAGAUCUGAGCUGUAACUUGGUCUGGUUUGGUCUCCGUGAUGAUAGAAAGGUUUAAUGCCAUAUUGUGAAAUAUUCCAGAGAAAGCAAUAACACCUCCAUGGAGAAAAGCAUUUGAUGCACCCUCCAACAGAAAAGUUCCACAAUGCACCUUUAAUCUUUAUCGUAUGUAUUGUAAAUAUUGUCUUUUCUUGUAGAUUGUUGUGUACUCUUGUUUUGAGAGACUGGGUGUCUGUGACUUUUAAUAAACUGGUUGAUUCAUGA